UGAACUUGAAGAUUAUAAACUAGCAUCUACUUACUCAAAUAGGCCUGAAGAUUGUGAACCAAUAUCAGUCUAUUCAGAUAGACAUGAAGAAUAUGAACCAACACCUACUUGCCAGAAUGAACUCAAAGUUGGUAAAACAAAUCAAGCUAAUAAUUAUAAAGUUGUAUCUACUAAAUAA